CACAAAGAGAAAACUGAGUUGCUGCAAUGGCAAUGUUACCAUCAAAAUUGCUGUUCUUUUUUAGUCCAGUUUUCAUUCACCUCCUCGUUCUCACUAUGGCACAAACAAAUCUGCUUCAGCACUUUUGUAUAGAAAAUCAUGGUAACUUCAGUGCUAAUAGUGACUACAAAUCAAACCUCGAUCGCCUUAUCUCCUCCUUCUCUUCUGAUACAAAUAAUGAUUAUGGAUUUUACACUGGCUCCUUUGGCGAAAACAUCGACAAAGCUUAUGCAAUUUCGCUUUGUAGAGGAGAUAAAAAGCCUGAAACCUGCCGUAGUUGCAUUAAAAAUUCCAGCCAAGUGCUCUCACAACUUUGUCCGAACCAAAAGGAGGCCUAUAUUUGGUAUGAUGAUUGUAUGUUGAGGUAUGCAAACCAUACCAUUUUUAACAGUAUGGAAUUCGGUCCGUACUUUUGGAUGUACAACCCGGUUAAUGUUACCGACGAAAAUGAGUUCAAUGAGGUGCUAAAUGCCUUGUUAGGCAGACUGAUAAAUUUUGCAGCGUUAGGUGAUUCACGAAGAAAAUUUGCAGCAGGAAAUGCGACCGCAGAAAAGUCUCAACAAACGAUGUAUGCACUUGUUCAGUGCACUCCUGAUUUGACUCAGCAGCAAUGCAGCGAUUGCCUGAAUCAAGCUAUCAAAUUGAUUCCAACAUGCUGUUCUAAGAGGCAAGGAGGGAGGGUGGUUUCACCUAGCUGUCACUUUCGAUACGAAAAGGACCCUUUCUAUGACCUUGCAAGCACUUCGCCACUGCCACCAUAGGCAACAGAACCAGCAUUUCCACACCAACAUCGUGAGGAAAAUAGAUAAAACACAACCUUAAAUAGUUCGAACUGCCAUCGCGAAUGCCUUGCUAGUGUUAUUGUGGUCCUUGCAACAUGUGUGAGCCGCCUGACCGCUAGCCCUCUACCUAUAUAAUGUCACUUUUCUUGUUUACAGCACUCAGAUUUCUUUGAAAACAAUAAAUUAAAAUAGCUAUGAUCUGUAUGGACAUCUAUUUCCUCUGAAUCUAUUUAAUAAUAGGAGCAGUUUGGACACUAUUUUAA